UCACAUGAACUUAUACAUACAGGGGAGAAGCCAUACUCCUGCUCUGACUGUGGAAAAUGUUUUAAAACAUUAUAUGACCUAAAAGUUCAUCAGAGAACACACACAGGAGAGAAGCCUUAUGUCUGCUCUGACUGUGGAAAAUGCUUCACAACAUCAACUCAUCUAAAAGUUCAUCAGAGAACACACACAGGAGAGAAGCCUUUUUACUGCUCUGACUGUGGAAAAUGUUUUAAAACAUCAAAUGAGCUAAAAGUUCAUCAGACAACACACACAGGAGAGAAGCCUUUCUUCUGCCCUGACUGUGGAACUAGUUUCUCUCAACUUUCCCACUUAAAAUCACAUGAACGUAUACAUACAGGGGAGAAGCCAUACUCCUGCUCUGACUGUGGAAAAUGUUUUAAAACAUUAUAUGAGCUAAAAGUUCAUCAGAGAACACACACAGGAGAGAAGCCUUACGUCUGCUCUGACUGUGGAAAAUGCUUCACAACAUCAACUCAUCUAAAAGUUCAUCAGAGAACACACACAGGAGAGAAGCCUUAUUACUGCUCUGACUGUGGAAAAUGUUUUAAAACAUCAAAUGAGCUAAAAGUUCAUCAGACAACACACACAGGAGAGAAGCCUUAUUACUGCUCUGACUGUGGACAAUGUUUUAAAACAUCAACUCAGCUAAAGGUUCAUCAGAGAACACACACAGGAGAGAAGCCUUUCUUCUGCUCUGACUGUGGGGUGAGUUUCUCUCAUCUGGGCACCUUAAAAUCACACCAACGUAUACACACCGGAGAGAAGCCUUACGUCUGCUCUGACUGUGGAAAAUGCUUCAAAACAUCAACUGAGCUAAGAGUUCAUCAGAGAACACACACAGGAGAGAAGCCGUAUUACUGCUCUGACUGUGGAACUAGUUUCUCUAAAUUUUCCCACUUAAAAACACAUGAACGAAUACAUACAGGGGGGAAGCCUUACUCCUGCUCUGACUGUGGAAAAUGUUUUAAAAAAUCAAAUGAGCUAAAAGUUCAUCAGAGAACACACACAGGAGAGAAGCCUUACGUCUGCUCUGACUGUAAAAAAUGCUUCACAACAUCAACUCAUCUAAAAGUUCAUGAGAGAACACACACAGGAGAGAAGCCUUAUUACUGCUCUGGCUGUGGAAAAUGUUUUAAAACAUCAAAUGAGCUAAAAGUUCAUCAGAGAACACACACAGGAGAGAAGCCUUACGUCUGCUCUGACUGUGUAAAAUGUUUUAAAACAUCAACUCAGCUAAAAGUUCAUCAGAGGACUCACACAGGAGAGAAGCCUUUCUUCUGCUCUGACUGUGGGGCGAGUUUCUCUCAUCUGGGCACCUUAAAAUCACACCAACUUAUACACACAGGAGAGAAGCCUUAUGUCUGCUCUGACUGUGGAAAAUGCUUCAAAACAUCAACUGAGCUAAGAGUUCAUCAGAGAACACACACAGGAGAGAAAUGUAAGGUUCUGAAAUGGUAA